GUAACUUCACGUCCUAUGAAAUUUCAGAGAAAAAACAGUUAAAUAAGAAUUAAACAUCAAUGGCUGGAAAUUGAUGAAAAUUGAGAGAAGGAGAAGAAGCAGCGAAAGUAGAACCAGAAGAAAAAUGGAUUUCAGAAAGAAGGCUGGGGGAAGCGGCAACGACGACGAACAAGUGGAGCAAUUGCUGCAAGCUGCUCAGGACGAUCUCAUGCUCAAAUUGACUCUCGAUUCCCACAUGUCUCGCGUAUCCCCAAACUAUCUCGAUUCCGAUCUCGAUCGCCGUUUCCAAGCCCUCAGAUCGCGUCCUUCCUCCGCCGCCGCCGCCGCUCCACGCAAUCCACGGCCUUCUCGAUCGGAUUUGCCGUCGAAGCCACCGGCGAUUGAAAAUCUUCCUGUCGAUGGCGAAUCUCAGUCGAUUCUCGGUGACGAUCUCGCUACUAGAUUCGCUGCUCUGAAGGCGUCUUUGCCUUCCUCGACUCCUCCGCCUCCGUCGUCGAUGCCUAACGACGUUGAUAGCGAGGAUGAAGAGGAUGAGGUCGAGAAGUUGAUUCAGUGGGCCAAGGAUGCUGCUCGGCUCGAUCCUUCACCGCCAUCUGAUCAAGACGACGACGACGGCGACGACGAGUCUAGUAGUUCCGAUGAAGAUGCCGACGAUCGGAGGAAAGAACGUCGGAAAAAGAAGGCGGCGUGAGCGUUUUACCUGCUGCUAGGGCAUUCGUUUUCGCUUCCGAAUACUGAAUUUGAGGGUUUCGGAACUUCAAGAUUCGCACGUUGGAUGCAGUCCGGAUUUUUUGGUUGAACCAGAAUGCGGCUCACCGGCGCGGCGUUUGAUCUCACCCGUUUCGCCGCCGUUACAGUUCGAAACUCUGGUCCUUUGAAUAGCAAUGGAGUACUGUACUGUGCGGUGCCUUCUGUGUCAUUCAAUCUAUUCUUCACUGUUCUAAAUUCAUUUUUGGUUGAAAUAUCAUUUUGAUCCUCAA